CUCUCACACAGCAGUCACAUCUGCAGCAGCAGCAGCUCAUACUGACAGAAGGCAGCAACUUCUCACACUCCCGGGCUAUUGCUGAGGAGUCCACAAGAUGGCAAACUGUCCAAAACAGGAUAUAUUUUGGCAUGGGAUAUUGACCUUUUUUCUACUCUUAGGACAUAUGCAAAUAACAGCAGCAUAUUCUGAGAGGUACUGGACUCCGCCUUCUGAUUUCUUUUUGACAUGCAUAUUGGCCAAUUAUUCAGUCAGUGAUCCACUGUUGACUGAAAUUUUACAGAAUAAGUCAGAAAUCCCAGGGAAGUAUCAUACUUCAGAGGGCAGGUUGGAUUUUAGAUGUACCCAUUUACACCAUGUUUCAUGUUGCCUCUGGGAAAAUUCAAAUACAAACUUCUCAAGCCAAAAUGCAGUUGCUGAGUUAAAGGAAACGCUUUUGGCAAGCUUUGCAUCAGAUAUCCAUUUAGAAGAUUUCACCUGGAAAGUACAGUUCUCAUUUGAGGAAAAAACAAAUAAGCUAAUUUGUGACUUGCAAUUAUUACCUGAAACAAAGCACAUCAUAAAUGAUUAUCAAGUUAGUCUUCAUUAUGCUUUGUUUGCAAAGAGUGAGCUGAGAGGCACAGCUGGAUGCAGAUGCUUUGGAUAUGAGAAAUGUGAGUGCGUUGUACCGUCUGUAAAGCUUAAUGAUUCCUGCACCCUGUGGAUUCAAAUCCUGAAUGUCACAACACUUCUUCAGUCCCCACCAAUGUUUUUUGUACCCCACCAUAUUGUCAAGCCUGAUCCUCCUGAUGACUUGCAAGCGGAAAUAAUGGAACAAGGCACAUUAAAGGUGUUUUGGAUGAAACCCAUCUCUGAGGCUUAUGAGCUCCAGUAUCAAGUAAGAUAUUCUGUGAAAGGAGCAGAGGCAAACUCACAGGUUUAUCUGCUGGUCAAUGAAACAUCAGUGAUCAUCAGUGAUAUCCAGCCCUGUACAGAAAUGUUAAUAGAAGUACGAUGCAUAAACUCACCCAAAACAGGACUCUGGAGUAACUGGAGUAAAACAUGGGUUCUGAAUUCUCAAGAUGUGUUCUACUUCCCCCAAAAAGUUUUGGUUAGUAGUGGCUCCAGCGCUACUGUCUCCUGCUUGUAUUGUGACAAUGGCAAGAAAGUUCCAUCCAGUAAUAUCACAUGGUGGCUGAAUUUUGGGGAGAAGAUACCGAAGCAUCAAUAUAGAGCGACCAGUGAUUAUUUUAGCAAAGUGUCCCUGACUCACCUCAAUACAACCAAACCAAAGGGAAAGUUCCGAUAUGAUGCCUUACACUGCUGUAUUAACCAUAAUGAAUGCCAUCAUCGGUAUGCAGAAAUUUAUGUUUUAGAUGUAAACAUCAGUAUUUCAUGUGAAACUGAUGGGAAUCAAAAAAUGAUGACGUGCAGAUGGAGCUCCAAGAAUAUUACACUACCUGAAGGAAGUGUCCUGCAGUUUAAAUAUUAUAGAAACAAACUUUACUGUUCCGAUGAGGAUUUAAAAGGCAAUGUGCCAGUUUCAAAGGAUUGCCAAUUACAGAUGGAUGGAUUCUAUGAAUGCAUAUUUGAGCCUGUUCAUCUUGUCUCUGGCUACAUUAUGUGGAUUGAGAUACAACACCAUUUAGGAGCACUUCAUUCUCCCUCUGUUUGUGUCCUUCCCAUAAAUACAGUAAAACCACAUGCUCCAUCAAGAGUCAGAGCUGAAAUGACUAAGGGUUCUGGGCACUUAUAUGUGAGUUGGAAAAGACCUGCACUUCCAUCUACUGAUCUCCAGUUCCAGGUCCGUUACUGUUUGCAAGGACAAAGAGUAAUAUGGAAGGUGCUGGAUAUUUUUGAAGAAGAAUUUGUCAGUAUGCAGGUUCCAGAUGUCUGUGCUUCAUACACUGUCCAAGUACGUUCAAAAAGAAUAGACGGGGCUGGAUACUGGAGUGAUUGGAGCCAACCUGUGCACACUGUUGUAAGAGACAUUAGAGUUCCUUUGCAAGGACCAGCUUUCUGGAGAACUACUCAGAACAAUCCCAUGCAGAAAGGGGAUAAUAUUUCCCUUAUUUGGCAGCCACUACCGACACAACACUCCCUGUGUUCCAUCCAAGGAUAUGAGGUUGUUCUUCAGAAUUCUAAAAAUGUUACCUGGUCGAAAUAUGUUGGAAACGCAACAAAGCAUACUUUCACUUUAUUGGAUAGUGCUGUGACAGUUACACUUCUAGCUGUCAACUCCCUUGGAUACUCUCUGACAAACAGCAAAUUAACAUUUUCCUCUGAAAUGAGUGCAGUUACAUCCACAGAAUCACUGAGAGUGUACUUUAUAAACAACACUUGUGCAGUGGCAGUGUGGACUAUGUUACCCAAAAGUGACCUGCCAUUGGAAUUUAUUGUUGAAUGGAAAAACCCUGGGAAUGAAGGAAAUGUGUUGUGGAUGAAUAUCCCCGGAAACAUGAGCAGGUGUUAUAUUGAAGACAAUUUUUUUGCCAUUGAAAAAUACCAGUUUAGUCUGUACCCAAUAUUUCCAGAAGGAGUUGGCGGUUCCAAAGUGAUUAAAGGGUUCUCUACAGUGGAAUUAACCGAAGCACCAAAGGAUGCUGGCUUGUAUGUUAUACUACCCAUCAUUAGUUUUUUUGCCUUUUUGCUCAUGGGAACAAUACUAAUAUCCAAUCAAAGGAUGAAGCAAAUAUUUUGGAAAGAUGUACCAAAUCCAAAGCAUUGCUCUUGGGCUCAGGGUGUCAAUUUUGAAAAGCCAGAUACACUAGAAAACCUUUUCACGAAACAUCACAAACACCUAUCAAAUGGUUCUCGAUUCCUCUUUGAGCCUGAAGCCAUUUUUGAAGGCUUGAGGAUUGACAAGCAAGUACCAAAUGAAAUUAUUGAUAAUAUUCCGACAGCUAUCAGUUUAUUUACCCUAUCUGAAGAACCUGACCAUGACUCUGCUUGUGAGUCCAAUCAUUCUAACAGCGAUUGUGUGUUUGAAAAUGACCAUCAGGAAAUGGUAUACAGCAGCAUUUGCCAAUCCAGUAUUAAAUAUGCAACAAUAAUGGAUAAUGCCCAGCAGUGCAGGAAAUAUAGCAGUGAACGGAAAACCAGCCUCAGCUCUUUUGAUGGUUGCCUUCUAGGAAAUAGUUCUAUGGUGAUUGGGAAUCAUGAUGUUGAUGACAAGACAUUGGUCUUUCUAGCUGGGCUACACACAAAACAGCCAGGCAAAAUGUCUUGUAAUUCUACUGUGUCUUCUGAAGGGUUUUGUGAGCCAUUGGAUCAUGAAGAAAGCUUUUUGGAUGCUGAUGGCCUGGAAAGAAACCUGUACUACCUGGAAUUUGGCUCAGUCCAACAAUGUGGACAGCAAGAGUACUAUUCAGAAAACCCCUUGGGGAAAUUUCCCUUCCAAGAAAAUAUAUCUUAUAAGGAGAUUACUUUUAGAAAAGACAAAGAAACAGAAUUUAUAGAUAACUAUGAUAUCAAGAAUUCAUUUAAGAAGGCUUUCUUGUGUUACAUGCCACAGUUUCAGAAACAUUCCAUUACAAUACCUGGGGAAAUGGAAGCAAAAACCCAUAAUUGAUGUACAUGAAAUAUUGUUAUCAUCUAAGUGUACAGAAAUACAUAAUGCAUGCAAAAGAACUACUGUUUUAAAUCUUUCUAAAUCUAGAACUGUACAGCACAUGACUGGAAAGCCACCAGUAAAAUAUGUUGGUCAUUAAAGCCCUUGGAAAGGGAUAUUUCUUAUUGAGAAACAACACCUCAGAAUAGCUUUUAUUUCUGUAUCUGUUUGCAUGCUGUGGUCACAAGCAGAAAGGUUAUUUUUAGAUAUAAUUUAUGUAUAACUUGCUUUACAGAGAUUCAUCUUGACAUAUAUUCUCAGCCUGGUACUCCAGCACUGUGUUCUGUGUACAAAUACCUGCAGGUGUUGAAUUCAAUUUUUGUUUGUUAUGAGAUAGAGUACUGAUCAUUUUGGGAAAUAUGUACAGUAACAUUUGGAAAUUUUGGAAGUCGUAUGGGCUGGCUACUAUUCAGCGUCAGGAAUUUGUGGCCUGUGAAUCCACUCUCUAUGAUGUCCUCUUUAUGGACCAGUUGACACCUUGAGACAUAUCUAAUAAAGAGUGAACACAGAGCUUGCCACAGUGCUAGAAAUCUGAAAGUGUUGAAAUGUCAUUCUGGCAGACUGUGUUGAGCUCUAAUUUCAUUCUUUGAUAAAUAUGCCCCUAUAUGUGUGAAAUAUACCAGUGGGGCUGCUUGACAAUGGGAAACAUAUUGUAAAAUCUAUCAUAUCUGUCUAUAGAUCUAAUCUUCCCUUAUUGUAUAACUGGGUUUUGUUUCAUUUUUCCAGUGUGCUCUAAGUGGUCCAACACUAUAUUAAAAGUCAGAAUUUAAUGUGCCAUAGACUUUUUUAAUAACUUGCGAUAGAAGGAAUGCCAAAGCAGUGAGAACAGGUAAAUAUUUUGGUGCACAUACAUCCAUGCUCUGUAAGCUGUUUCACAAUGUUUAAUAAAGACUAGCUGUAGAAUGUUCACCAAAUACAGACUAAAUUGCUGAUAAUUUCCACUGCCAUCCGAAAAAACAAACAAAUACAAAAACUAUUAUAGAAGUGAUACCUAUAUUGGCUAACAAUAAAAAUACAUUGCAAGGUUUCGGAGCACCAAGGCCCCUUCUUCAGGCAAAAUAGAAAUGAAAGCUAGAAAUACACAGCAAAUAUACUGUUUGAUCAGUAUUC